AUCAUUUUAAAUGAUUAUUAGGAAAGAAAUUGUUUUUAUUGGCUUAUCCCUAACUUUCGAUUUAUCAAAAUUUCGUGAUAGUAAUAAUUGGUCAUUUUUUUUGUGAAGUGAGAUAUAAAAUGAUUGUGAAAUUAAAUCCCUUGAGAUUUGCACAAAUUUUGGAUGAAACGAGCAUCAACAUCCACCGAUAACUUUUAUUCCACUCGAACUAAUUCACAUGUUAAAGUCCGAUCUAACAUAUGACGUUUAUAUUCGACCACACUGCAUUUGACAAAGACAAAUAUUUUUAGGUCAGUUGCUGCAGUAAAUAUCAUAUUAUUCCUUGCAAUUACGAUGGAGUACUUUUGAUUAGAUUAAUCGUAAUGUGCAUGGGUUAUGUAAACAUAAUCGUACAUAAUGCAGUCCCAGUUAGCAGCAACUCCUCGAAAAUUACCUGUGUUUGUCUUCCCUUCAAGCAUUACUUUUUAUCUAGAAAAUCAAUCUACUCAUAAACAAGUUUUGACUUUAUAUAAUCCAUAUGAUUUCCCAGUAAAAUUCAAAGUGCUUUGUACUGCACCAAAUAAGUACAAAGUUGUCGAUCCCGAAGGAACGAUAAAGGCAAAAUGUUGCGUUGACAUUGUUGUAAGACACACAGCUCUUUUAAUUAGUAAUUGCAAUGUGACUGAUAAAUUCAGGAUACAAAUGCAAGAACAUCCGAGUAAACAGGCAACAGGUAAACGAGAUGUUGAAGCUACAUUGUUACCUGGAACUUCAGAGACUGCUGGAAGAGCAACUCCAGAUCCAGAAAUGUUUCAACAACUUCCAAUAAAUGAAACUAGGCAACAACAAUCAUAUGCGCUUAUAACUCAAAAUAGAACAAUUGACAACACUUCACUCAAGAUACAUAAAAACUUAUUACAGUUGCAGUAUGAUUUAUUUCAUGGAGAAAUUCAAGAUAAAAUUACAAAUAUGUUUCUGAGCUCAAAUAUGAAAAAUGCCAAUUGUAUCAUUGUGGAUAAAGGAGGAACAAACUAUGUAGCACUUAUCGCAGGAAUUAUUUGCAUAGCUGGGCUACUUCUACCAACAGAAGGAGAACGUAGCCACACAGUGCCUGAUUACCUCCAUCUUUCCAUAAAUUUUAAAUUAAUAUUUUCGUUCGUAUUAGGUAUGGUAACAAUUAUAAUCUUAAGGUUGUAAUUUGUGGCUGGUUAUAU